CGUGAAAUAACAUCACCCACGAUGUUCACCCAUAUCCUUACUUUAUCUUAUCGAUAAAGUGCUUCAACAAAACAUAACGUUUGAUGCGUAGCAUAUUACACUCUUGAUAUUUGCCGUGUUUGCACAUAACAACAGAAUGGCUUGUGAAAAACAAGUACCUAAUGAAAACCUAUCGCCUACUGAAGGCCUUUCACCCUAUGAAAGUCAAACAUCCACUGAUGAAAACAUUAAACCCAAGGAGGAACUAUCAUCUAAAGAAAACCUGACUCCAAAUGCAAAGUUAUCUUCUUCUGGAGAAGAUUAUUUAGUUCAAAUAUCAUCGUGGUCUUGGUCAUCCCUACGAAACUUGUUCAAGGCAAACUGGCCGUAUGGAGUGCAGGGGUACUGCCUUCUACAUAUGCUAAUAACGCAGCCCAGUGUUGCCAGCGCAUUCAAUUUUAGCAUUUACUGCCCACGCGGAGUAAUCGAAAAGGGUAUGAUUGCCAUAAGCAGUACGGACACAUAUCAAUUAUACAUAUGCCCAGUAGUGACAGAAAACCUGAAAUGUAUGGAGGAAUCGCUUCUGAACACAAAAGUUGUCGACUGGAAGAAAGAUAUAAUCAUACCAGCAGUCACACCAGACGUCAUGAAGCUGAUUGACAGGGUCGGCCAUGUGCUAAAGCUGGAUGUAAAAUGUAACGGUCAAGUGAUAAGAUACCUGUACAGUGACAAUUCUCCUCCGUUUCCAGAUGUGAAUCCGCCUAUUGGUACGACCGUUGGUCCUCUGAAAAAUGAGUUCAUUUCACUCGUUGACGCCACAUGGUCCUUUCGUAGCGAAACAUCGGUGCAGUACUUCAAAAGACUCCUAGAUUCCAGUUCAACUUACGCAUUAUACUCUGAAGGCGGACAGCCUUUGGCAUGGGUUAUUGUUGACGAAACCGGGUCUCUGGCUCACCUUUACUCCUUAGAAAGAUGCAGAAGACAAGGCUACGCAUCAUUUUUGGUGAAACGAGCAGCUAAUGAUCUACUGAACAAAGGACAACACGUCCUUUUAUACUCAGUAAUGGAUAAUUUCCCAUCGCAAAGAUUGUUCGUGAAAUUGGGCUUCAAAAACUAUGGGUUGACGUCGUGGGUAGUCAUACAAAAGAGAGAUAUGGACGUACCUUCCUGAUCAUAUUGCAGAGUCGUUGAUUUUUUCCCUUCAGCACAAAAAUCUUGAAUAGUGCAGAUUUUUUUUCAAGUAUUUUACAAGUGCUUAUUCGUGGUCGCCUUACUUUAUAAGGUGAUCGUUUGAUUCUUUAAGAUCACAAAUUUACAUUUCAUACUUUAUUAUACAGAAACACAUGAAAGAGUUGAAAUGAAUUCUUCAAACGCCCAUAGAAUAGAAUUUUGGUUGCUCUUAAUCGUCAUAAGUUUCAAAAUUUACAAGCUGUAUUUAGUGAGAAAUAAUUAGUUUCGAAUGUGAUCGAUUUCUGUACCAGAGUAUAUCACGGACUUAGUAAGCUGUCUUAUCAUCUUUUACUCUUCGGCCAACCUUGGAGGAGAGAGAAUAAAAGAAAAAAAACAGAUGCGAUAUCCGGUAACUCUCUAAGACUCUCUCAGAGACGCAGACAAGACAAACAAGACAAUAUCUUAUUAUGGAGUUAUAAAGUUUUUACAACAAGAAAAGUUUAAUCAAAAUAUACAAUGUUUUUGGUGCCAUGAACAUGAAUCGAUAAUUGAGAAAUAUUGAAAUAAUAAUUUCAAGAAAUUAAUAAUACAAAAAAUUUCUACAACACCAAUAAAACUCAUGAGAUUAAGAGCGAAACUUUAUCGUAUAUAUUAUGUAACCUGUAAAGUAUAAAAAAUUAAAUAAACUUUCGUCAGUAUACUUAUAUUUAUUAUUCUCUCCUCUGUAAUAUAACAGUAAUAUGGUUUACUUUCUUCAAAUGACAGGACAGUUCAAUUUGUUGAAUGAGAAAUAAACAACUUUUUAAUUAAUCAAAAAUGAAAAUAAACCGACAGACAUGGAAAGAUAAAUGUAGAUAAAGCAAAAGAAGUAACUAGAAAUCAUAGAAAUUGGAAAAAUGUAGUCCUCCUGCCACCUGAAUAGAAAUGUGAUGUAAAAGAAACACAAUUUUUAGUCUUUAGUAGCAUUGUAGCAUUGCAUGCAUUGAUAUUCUCUGCUAACUGAUGUUAACAACCUGUUGUUUGUUGAUCAUAUUAGCCUUAUCAUAUUUUCUUAGAUAGCACUUGUUCUCCGCAAAAUGUGUAACUAUUUCCAUCUAUACUACUACUAUUUGUAACUAGUUCUCCUGAAACCUUAGAGUAAAUUAUUAUAUACUCAAUUGAAAAUAAUUGUCUAAACAUUAAAACAUAUUGUGUAAGGAUUAGCGAUAGAAAAAAAUAUUAAUCCCGUGAUAAAAAAAAAUUAAAGCCAAUAAAAAAUAAGGCCUAUGAAAAACCAGAAGUUUUAAAUUAAAAUAAUAUUCAAACAUCGCUCACGUAAUAUUUAUUGUAUGAUGGUUUUAAGUUUCUCUCUAAAAUCUUAUAUAUAAAAUUCUGGUGUCACAAAGUUUGUCUCCGUACUCCUCCCAAAACGGCUUUACCGAUUUUAACCAAAUUUUGCAUGCAUAUUCA